AUGUCUUUUGGCGGGCAAACCCCCACCAUUAUCGUUCUGAAAGAAGGAACCGACACUUCUCAGGGCAAGGGACAGAUCAUUUCGAAUAUCAAUGCCUGUCUCGCAGUGCAGAACACGAUCAAGCCCACCCUGGGCCCCUAUGGCGGUGAUUUGUUAAUGGUGGACGAGAAUGGUCGGCAGACAAUCACAAACGAUGGCGCGACCGUCAUGAAGCUUCUCGACAUUGUCCACCCAGCAGCAAGAAUCCUCGUCGAUAUUGCGCGAUCGCAAGAUGCCGAAGUCGGAGACGGAACCACCUCCGUCGUGGUGUUGGCUGGUGAGAUUCUGAAGGAGACUCGCGAGCAUGUCGAGCAAGGUGUCAGCUCCCAGGUCAUUGUCAAGGGCCUGCGGAGAGCUUCCACCAUGGCUGUCAACAAGAUCAAGGAAAUCGCUGUCCGGACAGACGAGGCAAACAAGAGGGAAACCCUCAGCAAGCUCGCCGGUACCGCCAUGACGAGCAAGCUGAUCAAGAGAAACACGGGAUUCUUCACCGAAAUGGUCGUGGACGCUGUUCUUUCGUUGGACCAGGACGAUUUGAACGAGAAGCUCAUUGGCAUCAAGAAGAUUCCUGGUGGCUCCCUCACCGACUCACUGUUUGUCAACGGCGUCGCCUUCAAGAAGACCUUUUCGUACGCUGGUUUCGAGCAACAGCCCAAGUCCUUCCAGAAGCCCAAGGUGGUUUGUCUCAACGUCGAGCUCGAGCUCAAGGCCGAGAAGGAUAACGCCGAAGUACGAGUCGAGCAGGUGUCCGAAUACCAGGCCAUCGUCGACGCUGAAUGGCAGAUCAUCUUCAAGAAGCUAGAGGCUAUCUACCAAACCGGAGCCAAGGUCGUCCUGUCCAAGCUGCCCAUUGGAGACUUGGCCACCCAAUACUUUGCUGAUCGCGACGUCUUCUGUGCUGGUCGCGUUUCUUCCGAGGAUAUGGAGCGCGUUGUCCAGGCCACUGGUGCUACCGUUCAGUCCACUUGCUCCGACAUCCAGGCGCACUACCUCGGCACUUGCGGCUCAUUCGAGGAGCGCCAAAUUGGUGGAGAGCGAUUCAACUUUUUCGAGGAGUGUCCCGAGGCCAAGACUUGCACCCUGGUCCUGCGUGGAGGUGCUGAGCAGUUCAUUGCCGAGGUUGAGCGAUCGCUGCACGACGCCAUCAUGAUUGUCAAGCGUGCCAUCAAGAACCACAUGAUUGUUGGUGGUGGAGGUGCUUGCGAGAUGGAGAUCUCGGCAUACUUGCACAGCUUUGCCGACAAGAAGGUCUCGAACAAGCAGCAAGCCAUCAUCAAGUCCUUUGCCAAGGCACUCGAGGUCAUCCCUCGCCAGCUCUGCGACAAUGCUGGUUUCGAUGCUACAGAUAUCCUCAACAAGCUGAGAGUAGAGCACCGCAAGGGCAAUGUCUGGGCAGGUGUGGAUUUCCAAAACGAAGGCGUCACCGACAUGAUGGAGCGAUUUGUGUGGGAGCCUGCUCUGAUCAAGAUCAAUGCUCUCCAAGCCGCAACGGAGGCCAGUUGCUUGAUCCUGGGCGUCGAUGAGACAAUCAGAAAUGAGGAGAGUGCACAGCCGCAAGCUCCAGGCAAGCCGCUGCCUCCAGGAGCUGCCCAGCGAGCAUUGAGAGGUCGUGGAAGGGGUAUGCCAAGACGGUAG